AUGGCCGCCGCCGCCACCACCACCACCACCGCAGGCGGCGAAGCGGCGCCGUCCCACGGACGAAUUGGAGUCCGUCCGGGUCCGGCCCCAUCCCGUCUCGGCUUCCUCGCAAAGCCGUCCUCCCGGUGGGCCGCGAUCUCUCUGCCGCCGGGGCCUCGCCGCGCGGUUCCGGCGGCGGCCGCGGCCAGGGAGAGGGUCUCGGAGGAGGAGGGUCCCGUGUGGGUGGAACUGGAGCCCAUCGCCAGCGAGCAGCAGCUGGACCGGGUCCUUGCGGACGCGCAGCAGCUCGACAUCCCCAUCGUCCUGCUCUGGAUGGCGAGUUGGUGCAGAAAAUGUAUAUAUCUGAAACCUAAGCUUGAGAAGUUGGCAGCAGAAUACCAUCCAAGAAUCCGGUUCUACUGUAUCGAUGUGAAUUGUGUUCCACAAAAGCUUGUGAACCGUGCUGGAGUAACAGUCAAAGUGUGUUUCUGUGCACUUAAUGAACAUCUGUGGAUUUCGUCGUUUGAGGAUGAAUUGCCAUACCAAAGGAUGAGGCACAGCAUUGCGAUCCCAGAUACCACAACACAGGUGCUCAGGUGCCUUGCUAACCUGCAGAUUUCAUACAUGGUACGGCUCAAGGACAGGGAAAAUGCCAUAAAAAGGAUCAGCACAUUAGGCCUCCUUAAUGUACCAUUUAAAAUCACUUCACAAUUGAUACAGAAACAUUGUUCAUGCAGAGAUCAAAAGCAUUGUUGCUCAUAUAUAAUCAUAUGA